AACACCCGGUUCCUCAAAUCUCUUUCAUUCGCAGGCCGAUGAUUUUGGGUUCUCCAUUAAACUCACCGAUGCCUCUAAUGUGACCUGACUUUUAUUCAUUACCGAUAAAAGUGGUCUAGAGAGCCGGAGAGAUGUCUGCCAGUGCUGUUUAUGUGUUAGAUCUGAAGGGGAAGGUCCUGAUUUGCCGUAAUUACCGUGGCGAUGUAGACAUGUCCGAGAUUGAGCAUUUCAUGAGCCUAUUGAUGGAUAAAGAGGAAGAGGGCACACUGUCGCCCAUCCUGGCUCAUGGAGGAGUUCGUUUCAUGUGGAUUAAACACAACAACCUGUACCUUGUUGCAACAUCCAAAAAGAAUGCUUGCGUCUCCCUGGUUUACUCCUUCCUCUACAAAAUUAUCCAGGUGUUCUCCGAAUACUUCAAGGAACUGGAGGAGGAGAGUAUCAGAGAUAAUUUUGUGAUCAUUUAUGAGCUGCUGGAUGAACUCAUGGACUUCGGAUACCCUCAAACCACUGACAGCAAAAUCCUGCAGGAAUACAUCACACAGGAAGGUCACAAGUUGGACACCGGAGCCCCGCGACCCCCCGCGACCGUAACCAACGCUGUGUCCUGGAGGUCAGAGGGCAUCAAGUACAGGAAGAACGAGGUUUUCCUGGACGUCAUCGAGUCUGUCAACCUCCUGGUCAGUGCGAACGGUAACGUCCUGCGAAGUGAGAUCGUCGGCUCCAUUAAGAUGAGAGUGUUCCUCUCGGGAAUGCCAGAGCUGCGUUUGGGUCUGAACGAUAAAGUCUUGUUUGAGAACACCGGCCGUGGUAAGUGUAAGUCUGUGGAGCUGGAGGAUGUGAAGUUUCAUCAGUGUGUGCGUUUGUCUCGUUUUGAGAAUGAUCGCACGAUCUCCUUCAUUCCUCCAGACGGAGAGUUUGAGCUGAUGUCCUACCGCCUCAACACACACGUGAAGCCGUUGAUCUGGAUCGAGUCUGUGAUUGAGAAGCAUUCCCACAGCAGGAUCGAGUACAUGAUUAAAGCCAAGUCUCAGUUUAAGAGACGCUCGACUGCCAAUAAUGUGGAGAUUCAUAUUCCCGUCCCGACUGACGCCGACUCGCCCAAGUUUAAGACCACGGUGGGCAGCGUGAAGUGGGUGCCAGAAAACAGUGAGAUUGUUUGGUCCGUCAAGUCUUUCCCUGGUGGUAAGGAGUACCUCAUGAGGGCUCAUUUCGGGCUACCCAGUGUGGAGGCAGAAGAUAAGGAGGGGAAACCACCAAUCAGUGUGAAGUUUGAGAUCCCCUAUUUCACCACCUCUGGAAUACAGGUGCGUUACCUGAAGAUCAUUGAGAAGAGCGGAUAUCAGGCCCUACCGUGGGUUCGAUACAUUACCCAGAACGGAGACUAUCAGCUGCGGAUGCAGUGAACGAGCGGCAUUAGUCCAGUGAAGGGUGUGUGUGGAUCUCUCUCUCUCUCUCUCUCUCUCUCUCUCUGCUGUGCAUAGGUUAGACACACAUCUGCAAUAUUGAGAAGAGUUCAGUGAUUUGUGUCAUUUUAAAUAAAUCUCAGAAUAUGAGAAAUCAAAUUGAAUCUUCCCUACAGAGCUACUUAAAUUUUGACAAGUUACCCUGUAUUGCUGAUCAAAAUAGCAGGUGAAUCUCACAAAAACACGUCAUGCCACAUUGCACUUUGUAGUUUUUGUAGUUUGCAUUAUUGGAAAUGGUGAUUCUCAUCACUCUAAUGUUACAGUUAUUUAUAUUUAAAUGUGCAUAAAUGAAAGUCAGCACAUCAAACACUAACUGAAAUGACUUCAUGUCAUUAUUGGCCAUUUGGAAAUCUUAAUUUUUUAGGCUUAUUUGUCUUUAUAUCUUUUUAUAUCUUUCUUAUGCGGUCAGAUAUGACCCAGAUCGCUUGUUUUGAAAUCAUUUUGUGGCUAUUUAAUUUACUUUAACCUGUUGAUGAACGCCCCCUUUUUGAGCACAAAGCAUGAAAAUGACCCGAACUGAAAUGGUUGUAUUUACGGGACCGUUUGGAGUUUGGACACAGUUGUGGCAUCUUUUGAAAGAAGACACUUUGGGCUUUAUUUCCCCAGAAUUCAUAUUUGUUAUCAUUUAUUAAAGUUAGAGAAGCUGAAGUUUAUAGUAAUGGAAAUAUUUUGUGCUGAACAUGUUUUUAUAAUCUAAAACAACAAUAAUAAAAGUACCAAGACAAUCCAGAAAUACAAUGUCCUCAAAGUCACGAGUCUGAAGAAGUGACGUUUCUAAUGUGAAGAUGAUCGAAUAAUAAAUGAGUUCCUGCAGCUUUAAUCUCUGUAAAAUCUCUGGAAGUGUUCACAGUAAAAUUAAGCUCCGCCUCUCAAGACGACACUAAAUCUGACGGCACCGCUCGACUAUUAUGAAUAAAACUACACCACAUUUAUAAAAAUAGACUUUGGAGACGGGCUGGUUUUGUUUAUGAGACAAUAUAAUAUAUCGUGCUAUAUGGCCCUAUAUCAGCACUGCUGUGAAUACCUACAGUGCUGAUAUAGGGCCAUAUCGCACUCUUGCUCAUGUGAUAUUACUUAAAAAUUAUGCAAUAUUACAAUAUUUAUGUUCUAAUUUCUUCACUUUCACACACAUUAUUUGAAUGCCCUUAUUUGUCAUAUAAUAUAUAUAAUUUGUCAUAUAAUAUAUCAGAUCAUUUACCGUUUUACAACAUGAAUGCUGCUCAGAUUGCAGUUUGUUGAAGAACGAUGACGAAGGCGAGAUCUCAUGUAAACAACGGAGAAUAUAUCAAUAUUUCUCACAUUUAUCACUUUUAUGGACAAAAAGUGCUCUUGGAUGUUUUUAAUGAACGCUUGUCAUGGACGAUUGACCCAAGUGUGUUGAACUGGAUUCAUCUGGUGAUCGUGUUUUCAUAAUAAAAGUCCCGUUUUGAUAUCGCAUGUGUUCAUUUGUAAUCCUGACACAAGUAACUCAAUCGCUGUUUCUGGAGGAUUGCUAUCGUGAAACAGAGAUCGGAUAUCAAUGUUGAACCCUUUGACCUUUGAUGUAUAAUGUUAACAUUAAUUACAUUUAUAGAUGGUAAAUUAUAUAUUAAAUGUAAUCAGAGUGACGUCACCACCGUGUGCGGGCGAUUGCGUAUCAACAGGUGAAGUACUGCAGACGGGUGCUUUCAUGUGAUGCACAACGUUGUGUUGAAAUGGACCAUCAGUGUCUCUUUUGAGUUAAGUCCAAAAUAGGUGAGAUUAAUAGAAUGAAACCUUUUGAUAGUUCAAUAGUCAAUGCAACAUGUAAAUGUUACAUUAGACAGUUUUGUAGCACUUCUAAUGUCAAAUUAAUUUCACUCAGAUGUUUUUGACGUUGUACCUGCACAUGGAUUCAUUGUAUUUAUAUGAAGUGUUACUAAUAAUUAGUUUAGUUUAUUUUGGGUUUAAUUGACAUUUUUAAUUCAGUAUUAUCGGUUACAGGAGCAGCUGUUCACUGUUUCAGUACCUCGUAUGAGUUUACAUUUUCAUGGUGCCAUUUAAAUAAUAGAAAACACUGUUUAUAUCGUUUGCUAACUUUUCAUUUGCCUUGAGAGAAUGAAGGUUACCAUAUUUAUCAUGGAGCUGAAAUGUGACAUUAAUGCAUUCCCUCAAUGUUCCUGUACCUCUUAAACUCAAACAUCACGUGUCUGUACCUCCCUGUACCUCUCAAGCAUCAUAAAGUAUCAGUUGAAGCAAUUCUAGGCGUGAUCUGUCUCAUACUCGCUGCUGUUAUUUGUAUUGAUGACUCAUUUUUCAUGUGCAUUACAGUUAUGGAUACGAUGUGUAGAUGCCAAUCCCGAUAUCUAAAGAGAAUGCCAAUAUAAUGCCAGUGUAUCAUUUAAAUAUAAUAUUAUCAUCAUUAGUAAACAAAUAAUAAUAUAUUAUAAUAGUAAUAUAUAGUAUGUGUGUGUCAGUGUAUAUGUGUGUGUGUGUGUGUCAGUAUGUAUGUGUGUGUGUUUGUGUGUGUGUCAGUGUAUAUGUGUGUUUGUGUGUCAGUGUAUGUGUG